GCCGGCCCCUCCCGCGCUGUCCCCGGGAGCGGUGCGGGCGGGCGCGGUGCAGCCAUGGAGGUGCAGGCGGCGCCGCUGCGGCCCUGGGACGAUUUCUUCCCCGGGCGCGACCGCUUCUCGCGGCCCGACCUGGGGGACGUGUCCAAGUGGAACCACCGCGUGGUCAGCAACCUGCUCUACUACCAGACCAACUACCUGGUGCUGGCGGCCGCCGUCGUCUCCGUCGUGGGAUUUCUGAGUCCACUCAACAUGCUGCUUGGCGGUACCGUGGUGGUGCUGGUGUUCAUGGGGUUUGUGUGGGCAUCGCACAACAAGGAUAUACUUGGCAGGUUUAAGAGGCAGUACCCAACUGCGUUUGUGGCAGCUAUCAUGUUGUCUAGCUACUUCCUGAUCUCCUGUGUUGGAGAUGUCAUGGUGUUCAUAUUUGGGAUCACACUUCCUCUGCUGUUGACUUUUAUCCAUGCUUCCCUGAGGCUCCGGAACAUAAAGAACAAACUGGAGAAUAAAAUGGAAGGAAUAGGUUUGAAGAAGACCCCGAUGGGCAUAAUACUUGAUGCUCUUGAACAGCAAGAAGAGAGCAUCAACAAACUGGCCGACUACCUUUCUAAAGUAAAGGAAUAAAGGGCGUAUGAGGUGGUGGUUAUUACCUGUUGCAGGAAUUGAGUUGCUCUUUUUGCUUUUUUCAAGCUUGCUUUCAGUUCGUGUGUGUGUGUGAAGUGAGAUGCGCACACUGCACAGAUUUACCAGUGGCAAGAUGCAGGUAUUCGAAGCUGUUCAGGGCUUCCCUGAGAAUACGGAGGAGCUAUUUAACCUUUCUAUUUAUGGUAAAGCGUCCCAGUGUUUGCACAUACACACACCAUUUUAAAGCAUUUGCCUGUUUUGUUUUGUUUUGUUUUUCUUGGAGGGGGGGGGAUACCUGGAACGUACUCUCUAAAGCUGUCUUUAGUAGUCAAGUGUUUUGUAUAAGUGUUUUUAUAAUCUACUUACUGGAGAGAGAGGAGGGGAACGGCCUGUACUUUAAUACAGUAUUGGUUGGCUAAUGUCACGCUACAUCACUUGGCAGAGUCAAGACCAGAGACAACUUCCAGCUAAUUGUAAAUGCACUGUUACUUUUUUUUUUUUUUUUAAAGUUUUCUCUGAGCUAGGCCACCUUUCCACCUGACGGGACAAAUGGAAAGAGCAAGCUUACACUGGUAACUGUGCUCAUUUUGUAACCAAUUGGAAUUCCCCUUCUGUUUACAUUCUGACUUAUUUAAUAUUACUUUUUCUUUUCUUUUUUGAAAUACCCAUUUAGAUUUUGAACUGUUGUUAACAUGUCAGACUAUUCCCCGUGUCGUGGGCACAGCUGAAUGGCACAAUGCAAAUUCCACAAAGCGCAUGUAGGAGAGGCAUGUCAGCCUCGUAUCUCAGCAAGGCCCUUGUUCCGGUGGAGUCCCUGGAAGUUGGACUGUUCACUUCAGCAGAGCCAGGAUUUUGCAGUUUCAUAAAAUCUUGCUUAUAGCAAGGAUUCUGCCCUAUUGGCGUUCCGAAAAAAUCUCUUGCCUUGUUCUGCUCGUGAGCGGAGAAACAACAACGCAAGCUAAAAUACAAAUCUUACCAACUAGCUUGUUCACUUCUGGCACUGCUCAAGGGAAAGGAGGCUCAGCUUCAGGUUUACGAAUAAAAGCAAUAAAUCAAUAGAUGCGCACACUUCUAGAACCCAUUCCAAAUUCUUGCAGGAAACUGCGUGCACCACUUCACGGUGUUUUGUUUUUUUUCCCAGGAAACUUUUAGCUUGAAAUGCCAGUUCUGAGUGCCAUUGCAAGUUCAGGAUUUGUCUAAACUUCAAGCCAGGAAAAUAUGUUGUCUAGUUUAACAUGGCAUAGGGGUGUGGGGCCAUCCCUCUUGUGUGUAUCACCUCGCUGUGAAGUAUGGAGCUGUAAUUGUUUUUCCACCCUACAUUGUGGAUAAAGUAGACUUCCCCCUCCAAAGCCUUCAGAAAGUGUAUAUAACCCUUGCACCUAUUUGUUCUAGAAGCCUGAACCACCUCAUUCCAUGCAAACAUUAUGAAAUGAUCAGUAUUUAUUCUAAGCAUGUCUCUGUAUAGUACAGGAUAAGAAGCAAGGGCCUGCUCCUUAUUCUUUUGUCUUUAGUUUUGAUGAGUAUUUCCAUACAUGCAUUACAGAAGAAAUGCUAGCUUCUGCCAUCAUGGUUAAAUUGUAGCAUUUUAAAAAAAAAAAAUCACAGUUGUGAAGAAUAAAGUUUAACAAGUGAAA